AUGGCGGAUUCGCAGCCGGACUCCAAAGUUUUCAGGUUCGAAUCGUCUCCAUCGAUACACAUGGCGCCGCCGAUUCCUGGCUACGAUAUUUGCUACAGUAGCUUUCAAGGCGGGAAGGUGGACGAAGUGCCGGUUAUAGGAUUUAUGGAUCAACACCAGCCGGCCAGAAGACAUGCUUGCAUGUUCAAGAGUUACCCUAUUUAUAUGUCCCAUGGGCUGUAUACCUCUUCAUCAGACCAGAAGGUGAUGCAUUACGAAUGCUAUAUCUCUUGGAUUGGAGAAAGCCUUGAGCCAAAGGGUAAUUCUGGUUCAAAUCGUCAGCAUGUUAUGGUUGCAGCCUUAUACGAGCUAAGAGAUUUUAUGGUUACCAUUCAUCAGAAGAGCUAUUUGUCAAGAUAUACCUGUAUCCUAGUUUUUCAGUGUGCACAGGGAAGGGUGGGGCGGGGUGCAUGUUCCGUCAGAGUACCAGAUGUUUUUUCUCCAAGGAAAUUUAAUUACGAUAAUCAACAUUUAAAGGUGAUGGAUAAGUGGACACAAAAAAAUGCUGAUUUUCAGGCAGAUGGGAGUGAAAGUGCACCUUUAAGUUCUCCAUUCUGGGUGUCUUCCAAAAUUCCAGGUGAUUGGUUUUGGCAAUUUUCCAAUGAACUUGAUGGUUCAUCUGAUCAAAACAUUCGCUGUAUUAAACGUCAAAGUGUAUGUGAGCUUGAGGGAGAUGCUAAAAUAGAUGACAUUGUUAAUCAAAAAUUUAUAAUGUAUGCAUCUCUCUCGCAAACCCGUUCUGAUGUCAAAAUGGUCCAGUCACUCAUUCCAAUUUGGGAGGAAGAGUAUGAACGGACUGGGAUGUGUGAAGCCGCUAUGCCUCCUGAUCCUUGCAAACCACUUGCACAGGAUGUUCUGAAAACUCUCUCCCUGGAUCUUAAAUGUGAGAAUGUACUUAUGGAUUUGUGUGGUGGAGCAGAUGAAGUUAUUUCUUCAUGUGAGAAUGAUGUGAGAGUUGUGAAAUCAAGUACAGAUGACGAGGAAAAUUUGAUUGAACUUGGACUUGUCCAUUCUAAGAAUUCAGAUCCUGAACAUUUGAGUAGUUUGAAAGAAAGAAACACUACUGAAUCUCUGUCAUCACAAGGUUUACUACAUCAAGAAGAAAUGUGUCCAAUAACCUCCAAAGGAAUAGAUGCUUGCCACAAAAUAUCAUCUGCUGAUGAGAUACAAUCAUCUCAAAUGAUAGGAACACUGAGUCAGAAGGCUUCAGAUACAGAAUUACUAGACCUUCUAAAGUGGCUUGCUACUUCUCAGGCUGCUGAAGAUAUAAAUUCUGAUGAUGAUCUUCUUCGUGAGACCAUUCUGAGCCCCCUGUUGCCUGAAACAACCAUUGAUAAGGUACUAGAUAAAGCUAAUACUGAUUAUAAGAGAGAGUCCCAGAGAGAGUUGCAGGACAUUCUUGAUUCAAUUGAGGAUGUAACCAACUUUGAUGGUCUGGAAGAUUCUUUUGAUCCCAGUAACCAUCCUCAAACUUCACCAGAGAAAAAAAUCCCACAAGUAGAUGGUUCUAGUGAUGAUCCGUACUUGCUUCCUUGUGCUGGAUCAGCUGAAAAUUCAUCUAAGGAAGAAAUUAUAAGUGAAUCUGAAAGGUCUUUUCGACACUUGGUACCACGGGAUACUGGCACAAACGUUUCUAGUAAGCAUAAUACGAGCAAAACUUUGUGGGGCUCGUUACCUUUUUCAACAACCCAAAAGGUGAAUGAUGACAUUGAACCUGUCAGUUUGAACAGUGAAGCUACUAGAUUCUUGGCUUGUAAUGAGACGGGAAAUUGUUCUGAUGUUGUAAUGAAAAGUGAAUAUGCUGAUGCUCCUGAUACAGAGGAAGCAACUACUUUAAGUGGAUUCUCUCUGCGUGACUUAAUGAGAAGGAAACGGUGCCACCGGGUUGAGCCACCUGAACAUGGGACUAUGAGGGUGAAAAGAGCACUUUUGGCAGGGGAACAAAAAGAAGAUAUCACUCUCUUGCCAAAACAAUUGGACUUAAAUAUAUUACAAAAUGAUGAGCAUGACAAAGGCCUGCUACAAGCUAGUGGAGGUAUCUCUUUAGUGGAUAAAAGGAAAAAGGAAUUACCAAGGCCUUUUAACACAAAGAAUGAAAAAUCUGCAGUUAUGUUAUGCCAUCGUGAAGUUGAUAAUGGUAAAAAGUCUAAUUCUGGUGCGAGUUCAACAGGAGCUACUAGCUGUACUGUCUGCACUUCUGAAUCUGAUUCAUUACUUGAUGUUCAGUUGUUGAAGUUAAAUACUGAGGUUAAACCUUUUGAUGAUGAGAUAUUGCAGCAAACUGACAGAACUGGUUCAAGCUGUUUUCAUAUGUCAACUUCUCCUGGCCAUGAAAGUAGAACUUCCAUGGAAAGGGUACAUGUCAUUACUAACGAGAAACUUGUGGGCAUGGACACAAUAGCUAUGCAGAAUGAGAAAUGUACUGGUGGAGAACUGCAGGGCAACUAUGUGAGCAGAAGUGACCCAAAUAAUAAACAAGAAGCUGCGGUUGGUAUUCCAAUUCAGUAUUUAAAUGAUGGCUCUUGCUUGUACAUGCUGACACCUGCAUUGACUCCUCCUUCUGUGGAUUGUGUGUAUAGAUGGCUAUUACAUAAUGAUGAAGGUACUUCAGGAUUGAUAAAUGCAGCAUCUGUGGAGCCUUCAUCUCCGAAAGGUUCCGACAUGAGGCCUGUACUGGAAGAAGUGCAUCAAGAAAGUGUUGGAAUUAGCAAUGCAGAGUUGAAUCUUGUUGGGAAUGAGGCAACAGUGAUAUUGCAGAGUGAAGGCCAUACUGCUGAAGUAAAUGCAUGCACCAAUUGCUUGCAAGAUAUAUCUCAGAUAUCAGGCCCAGAUGGAAGAUCAAGGCCCACUCCUCUUAGUCAAAUUGGCUUCCGGGAUCCAGCCAGUGUUGGUGCUGGUGAGCAACUUACUUUGUUAAGUGUAGAGGUUCAAGCAGAAUCUAGAGGAGAUCUCCGAUCUGAUCCUCAAUAUGAUGCUAUCAAUGUGGUGGCUCUUGCUUUCCAGAAUGAUAAUGAUUCAGUAGUUGAAGUUUAUGUGCUUUUGCGAAGUAAUAUUGAAUGUUAUCAAAGGAGUCUUGAUGGAAUUCCUGACUGCAAGGUGUUUGCUUUCUCUGAGGAGAAACACUUAUUUAGCCACUUCAUUAAGAUAUUAUCUUCUUUUGAUCCGGAUAUUUUAAUGGGCUGGGACAUACAAGGUGGUUCUCUUGGUUUUUUGGCUGAAAGGGCUGCACAUCUUGGUAUAGGUUUACUUAAUGAUAUUUCGCGGACACCGUUAGAAUCUAAGAGAGCUGCUGGAAAUUUAGAAAAUUCUCAGAGGGGAAUAUUAGAUAAUCUGGUUCCUGAAUCUGUAAUUGAGGAUUCUGUUAUACUUAAAGAUGCUAUAGUUGAGGAUGAAUGGGGCCGAACUCAUGCCAGUGGAGUCCAUGUUGGCGGUAGAAUCGUCCUCAAUGUAUGGCGGUUAAUGCGUGGUGAAGUGAAGCUUAAUUUGUACACAGUUGAAGCUGUAGCAGAAGCUGUUUUGAGGCGGAAAACUCCAUCAAUUCCUUAUAAAGUACUGUCAAAAUGGUUUUCUAGCGGUCCUGGACGAGCAAGGUAUCGAUGUGUUGAAUAUGUGGUGGGGAGAGCAAAAUUGAACCUGGAGAUUAUGAAUCAACUUGAUAUGGUAAAUCGAACAUCGGAACUUGCUCGUGUCUUUGGAAUUGAUUUCUUUUCUGUUCUCUCUAGAGGUUCACAAUAUCGUGUUGAAUCUAUGUUCCUAAGAUUGGCACACACGCAAAACUACCUUGCCAUAUCUCCGGGAAAUCAUCAGGUUGCUUCUCAACCUGCAAUGGAGUGUUUACCUCUUGUAAUGGAACCGGAGUCUGGUUUUUUUGCAGAUCCAGUGGUUGUUUUGGACUUCCAGUCUCUUUAUCCGUCAAUGAUAAUUGCAUAUAACCUUUGCUUUUGUACAUGCCUUGGAAAAGUUGUACCUUCAAAGGAAAAUACUCUCGGGGUUAGUUCCUUUUCACCCGAGUCACAUGUUUUGCGGGAUCUAAAAGAUCAAAUACUACUUACUCCAAAUGGUGUCAUGUAUGUUCCUUCUAAGGUUCGUAAAGGCGUACUUCCUCGCUUGUUGGAUGAAAUAUUAUCUACUAGAAUAAUGGUUAAGCAAGCAAUGAAGAAACUGGCUCCUUCUCAGCAAGUUCUUCACAGGAUAUUCAAUGCAAGACAGCUUGCUUUGAAGCUGAUAGCAAAUGUGACAUAUGGUUAUACAGCUGCUGGGUUUAGUGGUCGAAUGCCUUGUGCAGAGCUUGCUGACAGUAUUGUUCAGUGUGGCCGUAGAACACUAGAGAAGGCUAUUUCAUUUGUAAAUUCAAAUGAUAAAUGGAAAGCUAAAGUUAUAUAUGGUGAUACUGACAGCAUGUUUGUCCUUCUCAAAGGGCGGACUGUUAAAGAAUCAUUUCAAAUUGGGCAGGAAAUUGCUUCAGCAGUAACUGCAAUGAAUCCAAAUCCGGUCACUUUGAAAAUGGAGAAAGUAUAUCACCCAUGCUUCCUCCUAACUAAAAAGCGGUAUGUUGGUUACAGUUAUGAGAGCCCAGACCAAACUGAACCCGUAUUUGAUGCUAAAGGCAUCGAGACAGUUCGCAGAGAUACUUGUGCAGCUGUUGCAAAAAUGAUGGAGCAGUCCUUGAGACAGUUUUUCAAUCAUCAGGACAUUUCUGAGGUUAAAGCAUAUUUACAGCGACAGUGGAUACGGAUUCUGUCCGGCAGGGUGUCUCUUCAGGAUUUUGUAUUUGCCAAGGAGGUUCGCCUGGGUACCUACAGCACAAGGACUUCUUCAUCACUUCCACCAGCAGCAAUUGUGGCUACCAAAGCAAUGAGAACAGAUCCCAGGGCAGAACCGCGCUAUGGUGAACGAGUACCUUAUGUAGUGAUUCAUGGACAGCCUGGAGCCCGCCUGGUCGAUAUGGUUGUGGAUCCAUUGGAUCUUUUGGGCAUUGAUUCCUCUUAUAGAUUAAAUGAUUUAUAUUACAUCAACAAACAGAUAAUACCAGCUUUGCAGCGGGUAUUUGGGCUAGUUGGUGCUGACUUGAACAACUGGUUUCUAGAAAUGCCCAGACCAAGCAGGGAUGCUUUUGCUAAACGUCCUGUAUACACUUCAAAUCCACAGCGAAGUAGAAUUGAUUUUUACUAUCUCUCAAAGCAUUGUAUACUAUGCGGCGAAUUGGUUCAGGCAUCAGCCCAUCUAUGCAAUAAAUGUUCACGAAAGGAAACCACUGCUGCAACUGCCAUAAUUGGAAGGACUUCGAAACUAGAGAGAGAGAUGCAACACCUUGCCUCUAUAUGCCGACAUUGUGGAGGCGGAGACUGGCUUCUGGAAAGCGGAGUGAAGUGCACCUCCCUCGCUUGCUCAGUGUUUUACGAGAGACGAAAAGUUCAGAAAGAACUUCAGGGUCUUUCUGCAGUUGCUGCCGAAAAGGGGUUGUAUCCGAAGUGUAUGAUUGAAUGGUUCUGAAAUUGAGCUCUUACUUGCUGGCCUGCUUCCGUAUAUACACACGCCUAUAUUUCUUUAUAGUGAAAUAUGUACAGUGAUGUCUGUUGUAUAGUUUUAUUUUUGUGUGUUUUUGACUUCUUGUAAUUCGUUAAAUUGAUCAUAUGUUUUAUUAUUAUCAUAGAAUAAGAAUUUAUAAGAAAAUGAUGCACUCCGAUUAU